AUGGAAGAGGAGGAGAGGAAGAAGAAGCGAACGAGGCGGAGGCGGGGCAAGUGGGCCAAGGUGGACCCCACCCAGUGGCCCUUCGACAUGAAGGUGGCCCACUUCACCGACCUGGCCCAGGGCCAGCGCCUCAAGCACGCCGUAGAGGAGGCCUGGCUCGAGGAGGCGCGCAGGCGACGCCGUAAUGCCGCCGCCGGCCACGCUUCGUCCGAGAGCGACGCGGUGAGCGCAGCCGCGGAGCCGAUUGUACAGACUACGCAGGCCAACGUCGAAGGUGAUGAAGGGGAAGUGGAGGCGGAAGUGCUGGAGGAAGAGGAGGUGCAGGUGGGAAGUGAGUACGUGGGCGAGGUGCUCCGACGUUCGAACGAGAUGAAGAAGGAGCGGAGGAAGCGGAGGAACGCCAAGAUGAGGCGAGAGAGGGAGAAGGAACUGAGCAAGAAGAACGAACGGAAGAAGAGCGAACAGAAGAGGAACGACGAUGGCAGCCAGAACACGAAGAAGAACGGCGAUGGCGGAGCGCGUAAGUCGACAGCGGCGAAGUGGGAAGAGACGAAGGGCCGUGUGCGCCGCGAGAUCUCCAAGCUGUGGACCACCAAGCACGUCAAGCGCGGCCUCGUCCGAUUUGAACGCCACCUCGCCGACCGAGAGGUUCUCGGCAAGGAGUGUCUCGACUGGAAGCGGCGGCAGUGCUGCAGCAGCGCUGUGAGCGGUGCCGAGGCCGAGGGGCUGCUGUUGCCCUUCUUCUCGCACACCGCCACCGCGCUAGGCGACUCGACCACGCUCGUGGUGGUCGGCGGGAAGGACGCGACCGGCCGGGGCACAGCUGCCGUGCGUCUGCUCGACACCGCAACCAUGGAGUGGUCCCUGCCGCGCGCCACCGGUCCCGCGCCGGCGUGCCUCUUUGGCCACGCCGCGUGCCGCGUCGGCCGCACCCUCUACCUGGUGGGCGGGUACGACCAGAAUGGCCUCUCGUCCAACAUCUACCGACUUGACCUGGAAAGCGAUAGUGAGGUGCGGUGGUCGAUCUGUCGGUUUGACGCUGCGGCGGGCGAGGAGAUCGAGGGCAAGGCGCCCUUUGUGCGGGUUGGCCAUGCGUUGGCCCGAUACGGCAACGAUCUGCUUCUCUUUGGCGGGCACAACGGCAAGCAGUGGAGCAACGACCUCUAUGCCUUCGACAUCGAGCGCAUGACCUGGUCUACGAGGCCCACGCAGGGCGUCCCUCCGUCUCCUCGUGGCUUCCACACUGCCACGAUCGUUGGUUCGAGUUUGGUUGUGUUUGGCGGUACCAGCCUGAAGCACACGUUCAGCGACACGCAUGUGCUCGACCUGGAAGCCCGAGUCUGGUCGGCGGUCAUCCCGCAACCCGGCUUCUGCCCGCCGGCACGCCACAGCCACGCCUCGGCUCGCGCGGGAGCAGCCGUGUUCAUCGUCGGCGGCAGGGCCGCGAGCGGCGUGGUCCACGACUGCUGGUCGUUCGAUGUCGACACCAAGCGAUGGACCCGCAUGAAGGAGAACAACGAGGGCGUGCUCGGGCUGAGCAGCCACACGCUCACGCGGCUGGGCUCGAUGCUGGUCGUGGUGGGCGGCAAGGGCGCGGCCACGCUGUCGGGCGACGUGUGGAUGGCCUCGACCGUGCGGCUUCCGCUCAAGGCCCACCUUAUCGACUACGAGGAGCUCGAACUCGCCGAGGAGGUCGGUCGCGGCAGCUUCGCCAAGGUGCUCCGGGCCACCCUGCGAGGCGUCCCGUGCGCAGUGAAGAAGCUGCGCAAGGAGGCCCGACGAGACGACGAGAACGAACUCAAGCACUUCAAGCAGGAAGUCCGCUUGCUCAAUAAGCUGGACCACGUCAAUGUGGUGAAGAUGAUCGGAGUGUGCACCAAGCCGCGGUGUAUCGUGACCGAGUUCAUGGCCGGCGGGAGCCUGUUUGAUCAUCUGCGCCAACAGCAGGGUGGCCUGCUGGGCGACGAGCCUCGCCUCACCUCGAUCGCGCUGGACAUCGCCCGAGGCGGCCGAUAUCUCCACCAGCAGAAGGUCAUCCACCGCGAUAUCAAAAGCCACAAUAUUUUGCUCGACGAGCACGGGAACGCCAAGAUCGCCGACCUGGGCGUGUCGCGCAUCACCACAGAGACCGCGACCAUGACGUGCGUAGGCAGUGCGCAGUGGACCGCGCCCGAGAUCCUGCGACACCAGCCCUACGACCAGGCCGUCGAUGUGUACAGCUACGGCAUUGUGCUCUGGGAGCUGCUCAGCGGACGCCAGCCCUACGCGCACCUCAGCCGCCUCGAAGCCGCCGUGGCGGUGGCCUCCACCCAGCUUCGGCCGGAGAUUCCCGACCACUGGCCGGCCCGGUGGGUGCAGCUGAUGCAGUCCUGUUGGCACGAGUCACCGCAGGUCCGCCCCACCUUCGCCCAGGUCGUGGACCGCAUCGAGUCCUUCUAA